AUGCGUUUCACCCUCACCAUCAACUUCGUACUUUUAGGAGCCUGUUUGUCUCAAUACCAGGUUCAAUCUUCACUCGCCGCCAAUGGAAAAGAUGCACAUGAUGGAACCGAACCUAUAAACCCACCAGUAAAGAAGCCUGGUGGACAUCGAGCUCGAGGUUUAUCAGCUAGGGAUGAUUUUCCAAUACUGAUAACUAGAGCUGACACCUCUAAUGAUAGUAACGGUGGAACUACUCCUCCUGGGAAACCGGCAAGCGUUGGAACAACUGGAUACCCAAACGUUGUCGAACCCAAAGCGUGUGCUGCCAUUCUCAAGGCCAUGAAAGAGAGCGAAGCGGCAACCAAAGGUAAUGGAGCUCCUCCCCCUCCUGUGCUUCCUAAAGGAGCACAGGCUGGGAUGACCUCAACUUCAAAACCUGCUGGUGCAACCCGUCGUUCGAAGCUUACACAGAACCCCGAUUCUCAUUUAAACCGACGGGCUGAUCCUUCAACUCAAACUACUACGGAUCCAAAUGCAUGUAAAGAUAUGCAAGCAUUCAUUAAAUCUAAAAGUGAAAAAAUGGCAAAGGGAUUAGGACCUAUACCUACUAAAAAAGAAAUCGGUCCAACAGAUAUGAAAAACUCAAGUCCUCAAUGA